AUGAACUAUCAAAGGCCCCCUUUCGAGCCCUUGCAGUUCGUCCCCGCCCGAGACAGGGAGACAAUACUGGAUCUUCCAGUUCGGGGGGUCGAUGUUGUCGCCCAUGACCCGCUUGAAAAUGGCGGCAAUCACUGGUGCUUUUAUCUCAAUGUUACGGAUACUACGUCGGUGCAGCUUGACAUGACCCCGUCCUACAAUAUCCCUGGUGCCACAAACCCCAGUGGCAGCAAGGGCUUUUUGAUCAUUAGCUAUCUAGAGCACGCUGUUCCGAUGUCGAGUACGGCACAGCAAGUCGUGCGAAUGGACGCUCGCCCUGGCAGCAAAGCGCGAGAUUUUCUUGGCUCAAUACUGAGCCAGAAGCGUCAUCAAUAUGAGUUCAACUUCGCAGGAGAAGGCUGCAGGUUUUGGACCACCCAGCAAAUUAACCUCUUUGAGACAUCUGGAUUCCUCAUCAACCCUUCCCAGGUGGCAGCCGCGAAAGACGCUAUUCUUACAAAGUGGCCCAGUGGAGUCGGGUACCCUCUUGUGGUUGGCACCUACUAUCCCUGA